UUCAAAGCACCCCUUCAACAAACCUUUCGCCUCGUCCGUCACAUUGUAUCGGCCUGAUCCCCAGUUUUGUGCUCGGACUCGUACUCAACAGGCAAACCAAGAUCAUCAAAUCACUAUGACGCGUGCUCAGCAGACCCUCUCCGUUCUCCUGCUCGUCUCCUCGCUCUACCUUUCUCUAUACCUGGGCCUUGUUCCUCUCAACGAAACCAUUCAGAAUGAGAUCAUUCCUGUCCUUCCCUUCUAUGCUCUGAUAUGCUUCGGAUGCUACCUCCUCGGCCGCUUGGGCUUAGCGAUUCUCACCUUCAACGAUGUCCCGGAGGCGCACACGGAACUGCAAAAGGAGAUCGAACAGGCCAAGGCCGAAUUGCGCAGAGCGAACAUCGACGUUGACUGAAGUCAUUAGCGCAGGCGGACGGUUGGACCAUUCACACCUCCAGCAAUGUACUUUAUUGUGUGGAAUCUGUACAAUUUAUGUUUAUCCGAUAACGCAUCGCAUAUGAGAGGGGGGUUGGCGUUUGGUGCGGCACAUCCACAAGCGUUGAUUGCUACGGACAAGGAUCGAUAUUACAGGGGCUGCAAAAGAUUGGCUGUAGCUUAGGAUUUAUCCAAUGGAUGAUUCCUAUAAUUAUAUCGCUUCACCUGUGAUGCAGUAGUCUGUCAUCUAAGCUAUGCAGAGUCCUAUAGGCAAUCUAGACCAGGAUCAGCUAGGUCAAGGACAAUAACCCGAGCUGCUUCAAUCUUGUUGUGCCGGACGAAGAUCCAGCAGGGUACGCUGAGAUGUGGGGAUUUCCCGUAACUAGUUAUGAUGGUUCGGACGGGUUAGCGCAGUAUUCGAAGACGAUACGGCCGUCUUUCUAGUUCCGUGGGCAUG